UUUUUCACUCUUCUUCUUAUCCACUACCAGGGGAAAUAAUUCUACUAUUCCUGUUAGCUAUUGAAGUAGAAUAGUUAUCCCAGAAUAGUUAUCCACAUCCGGGAGCGUCCCUUUCUCUUUAAAUGAUUAAAUCUCUUAGCGAGUGAUAUAUUUGUUUGGUAGCGAGAGGAUGUAGAGAUUUAUCUCUUUGUUUUCUACUUUGUUGCGGACUUCUCAGAGAUUUUCGGACUUUUUGGCGCAGGUGAGAGGUGGGAGAUUCAGGAGAUUUCAACGAGGUAGAAAGUGGGCGUUUUUUUUCUUGUUCUUUCCUUCUUUUUGUUGUUAUUGCUUGGUUUUAGAGUUUGAAUUUUGGGGUUUUAGAGUUUUGUGAGGAAUUGGAAGGGGAUUGAGAAUGGGAUUCGUGAGUACGGUGCUGGGUUUCUUGGGAUUUGGCACGGGUUUUUCGGCUGGGAUCGUGAUAGGGUACUACCUCUUCGUCUACUUCCAGCCCACUGAUGUUAAGGAUCCUAAAAUCCGUCCACUUGUUGAACAUGAUUCAAAAUCUUUGGAGCGCAUGAUUCCUGAGAUUCCUUUAUGGGUGAAAAAUCCAGAUUAUGAUCGAGUUGAUUGGCUAAACAAGUUUCUAGAAUCAAUGUGGCCUUAUCUGGAUAAGGCAAUCUGCAGAAUGGCAAUGGAAAUUGCAAAGCCAAUAAUUGCUGAAAAUAUUCCAAAGUAUAAAAUUGACUCUGUUGAAUUUGAAACAUUUACACUGGGUUCCUUACCACCAACCUUUCAAGUUCUGGGGAACUUAUAUCACUAUCAUGCUUGCUCCCGUCAUUGCUAGUCUGCAUCUAAGUUUCAUCAAUAAUCGUAUUAAAGCUUACAUUACGGAGGAGAAGGAACUGAUUAUGGAACCAUCACUGAAAUGGGCUGGAAACCCUAAUGUCACUGUUCUGGUUAAAGCAUUUGGCUUAAAAGCAACUGUACAGGUGGUCGAUUUGCAAGUCUUUGCUUCACCACGUAUAACUUUAAAGCCAUUGGUCCCUAGCUUUCCUUGUUUUGCAAAAAUCCUUGUGUCUCUCAUGGAGAAGCCACAUGUCGACUUUGGACUAAAACUUGUUGGAGCAGAUCUUAUGGCGAUUCCUGGUCUCUACAGAUUUGUUCAGGAGACGAUCAAAAAUCAGGUUGCAAAUAUGUAUCUCUGGCCUAGAACAUUGGAAGUUCCAAUUAUGGACCCUUCAAAAGCUGAAAAGAAGCCUGUUGGAAUUCUAUAUGUGAAGGUUGUCAGGGCUCAUAAUCUGAGAAAAAAAGAUCUCCUGGGUAAAUCAGACCCCUAUGUGAAACUUAGGCUUACAGAAGAAAAGCUUCCAUCAAAGAAAACUUCAGUGAAGCACAGUAACCUUAACCCUGAAUGGAAUGAAGAAUUCAAAUUAGUUGUCAAAGAUCCAGAAACUCAAGCUUUAGAGCUUAUUGUUUAUGACUGGGAAAAGGUCGGGAAACAUGAGAAAAUGGGCAUGAAUGUUAUUAAGUUAAAGGAUCUUACCCCAGAUGAAACAAAAUCUUUGACGCUUGACAUGCUUAAAAAUAUGGAUCCUAACGAUGUUCAAAAUGAGAAAUCACGUGGACAGAUUGUUGUGGAAGUGACAUAUAAGCCCUUUAGGGAAGCAGACCUACCAAAAGAAAUCAGGGAGGAUGCAAAUGUUGUAGAAAAGGCGCCUGAUGAUACUCCAGCUGGUGGUGGUUUGCUCGUUGUUAUAGUUCAUGAAGCUCAAGAUCUUGAGGGAAAACACCAUACAAACCCAUAUGUGCGAAUCUUGUUUAGAGGGGAGGAGAGGAAGACUAAGCACAUCAAGAAAAAUAGAGAUCCACGAUGGGAAGAGGAAUUUCAGUUUGUCUGCGAUGAGCCACCAAUUCAUGAUAAACUGCAUGUAGAGGUACUAAGUAGGCCACCAAGCAUCGGCAUACACUCCAAGGAAAAUUUGGGUUAUGUCGUCGUUAGCCUUGCAGAUGUUGUGAGUAACAAGAGAAUCAAUGAAAAAUAUCAUCUCAUUGACUCCAAAAAUGGUCGGAUUCAAAUUGAGUUGCAGUGGAGAACUUCAUGAAGUUUUGUUGAUGGAGAAUUUCAAGCAUUGAAGUACUAUAUCCCAGAAUAUAGGAGAGAAUCUUUAUGCUUGCGCAUAGUACAUGUUAUAAUGUAUUGAAGAUGAAAUCAUGUAGAUAUUGGACCAAACAAUAUCUUUUUCCCCCAGUUUUUUCUUAGAUUUAUUGUGUUUGUGGAUAUAGAUUUUGUUGAUUGGUAAAUUCAAAUAUACACAAAUUCAUGCUUAAUGAAAUGUUCUAUGUGAAUCAAAUCA